GCAUAGAAAAAUUUACACUCUUCCAAGUCUGCUCAUUGCCACUUUUCCAAGCUCUGCCCUGCCCAAAUCCCAGCUAGGGUUUACCAGCCAUAUUAAACUCAUGUUAUGCCGUUAUAGUUGAAUUCUUAACCAUAAUAUAUCUGCACAGCUUUUCUGUUGCCUCUACCAGACCAAUGGACCCAAUUGUUGAUGCACUCUUGACCAGUUUCCCGCAGGUCCCACCGGCAGCUAUUCCGGGGAUACUGGAUUGCAUAUUGGCUUCCACAUCUAUGUCUCCGUUCUCAGUUUUUUCUGUUCUUCUUGAAGAGUUUCCCAGACAUUUCAAGGAAAAAAUACAGGAAGGGCAGAACAUGGAACAUGAACAACAUAACAAUAUCGAAUCGUUUGUUGGUGCGUUGUGUCAUCUUUUGAUGAAGCUUGGGGCUGAUAGUAAUUCAGUGCAGCUAUUUAUUUGGAAAAUUUUUAUUCCUUUGAUGAAGUUAGUUCAUUCAUAUGACAAAGAGCUAUUGAAAAAGGUUGCAGAUUCUCUUUUCAGAGUAGUCAUUGCAACAAACUCUUGGAAAAUUAUUGAAUCAACCAUUGUGCCCUUUUUGUUAAGAUCAAUUGGACUAUCAAUGGGUGUGCUUCAAAGUAAAGAGCUAGCUGUAUAUAAAUGGAACUUCCAUACUGAUAAUUUAGGUGGGCUGUGUUCUGUUCUGCAAUCUAUACAAGAUGCUUCCUGCAAGGUUAAAAAAGCUGAGAUGAGCUACAUCACAUUUCAAUCUGAGCCGAACUAUAUUCCAUUGCAGACAUCUUGUUACAUAUUGACCCAGAUAUUGGAAGUUGUACUGGAAACCUUACAAGCGAUAGGAAAAACUUCUGAAUUGAAAGUGGGAGAUGGUUUCUGUUUGAAAGUAUUUGCUGCGAAUGUGGUAUGGGAUCUUUCCAGUUUGGCAAUUGAAAUGCUUUUGCAAAGUAUGGAACAUCGGUCUUCUGCAAUUAGUAUUCUGCUGCCUUCCAUAUUUGGAGCAUUUGAUUGUCAUUCUACUUUUGAAGUCUCAGUACUUGGGAAAGCUCACGUGCUUUCUCGGAGCAAUAUUCUUGCUGACCUUUGGAAGAGCUGCAGGGCUCUGUUCUCUUUGGGGCAUUUGGAGAGAAGGGAUGCAUAUGCAACACUUUCUUUGUAUUUGUCUUUCUUUCCUGUUACUCAUGAACAAAAAGAUCUAUAUGUUCGUAGCAAUGAAACAGUGUUUGAUUUGAGAGAUCAGACAGAAUUCUGGAAUGAAAUUAAAAAGGGAUUGGUCAGUAAAGAGAGCUUAGUGAGGAAGCAAUCCCUGCACACUUUGAGACGAACAAUAUAUUCAAGUGGGGAACCUCAAAUCAACUCUAGUGUUAAAAUCCUUGAAGGGAGUAGUUCAGUUCCUCGUGGAAUGACAAAGAGAGAUCGGUGGGCUGAGACAGAAGCCAAGUCUCUAGGGAUUGGUGAAAUACGUAAUUCCACUGCUAAAUCUUCUAGAAGUUCACAGAAAUGGGAGGCAUUCUUUCUUUUGUAUGAAAUGCUUGAAGAGUAUGGUACACACUUGGUUGUGGCAGCAUGGAAUCACCAGAUGACUGUGCUGCUGCAUUCUUCUCCAUCUACAGAGACUGUAUUAAACAGCGAGCCUCACGGGAUGUGUAUGGACACUUUAGAGGAAACUUUUGGCUGGUUAAUUUUACUGUGGGAGCGUGGCUUUUGCCAUGAUAAUCCUCAUGUAAGGUGCCUGAUUAUGCAUUCUUUUCUGGGUAUUGAGUGGAUAAAGUAUGAACAAUGUGCAAAACUAAUUCCCUCUAAUUUUAUAUUUGGGCCACUUAUGGAAGGCUUGAAUGAUCCUGUGCACCAUAAAGAUUUUGGUGUAAAAGGUGUUUAUUCUACAAGGACAAUUGAAGAUGCUGCUACAUUUCUACGUGUAUAUGCCAACUCUCUCCAUCAAAGGGUGGCUUUUCUUAGAAGCUUGGCAUCUGUUGCUAAAACAAUCAAUUUUGGGCGACCUGGACUAAUGUGCCUCGUGAAGUGUAUUUUAUCUGCUGCUUGUGGAGUUAAAAAGCAUAGCAAUUCUGAAAAUGAUCCAGAGAAUGGUGUAUUGGUCGGCACUAUGCACAGAUCUGCACAAGACACUUCUACAGAGAAAGCAGACUUUCUGGAUUUGUGCAGAUAUUUUGUUGAAAACAGUAGACAGCAUUUCAAUCCCGCGUAUAGGCAUCAAGUUUGUGAGGGAAUUCUUGAUGCUGUUAUGUCUGUGAUGGCUCCACAUGAUGUGCCUCUUGAAACACUACUUCUUUUUGCUGCAAGCUUGCCACGAGAACUGACUGAUAAUGGGGGUUCGUUGAGAUUCAAAGUGCAGACAUGGCUCCAGAGUUUCAAGAUGAAUCUUUCUUCAAAUUGCAGCAACUUAAAUAUUCAACUUUUGCAGGCGCUAUGUGGUUUCCCAAAAAAGUUUAUAAGUUGCCAUAGCAUGUUACAUAGCUUCGUGACAUAUGAUGAUGAAGACUUGGAGGCAUGGGAAUUUGAAGCAAAAAGAUGGGCGAGGGUGCUUUUUCUCAUAAUUGAAAGGGAACAAGAAUUGGAUCCCAUAUUCAUGUUUAUUCAAGAACAUGGUGCUGACAUUUGCAAAGAGAAGACCCUGUUGGAGUGGAUUCCUGUGAAGUUUCUCAUCCUGAUUUUGAGCUUGAUUUACGAACUACAAAUAAUUGAAGAUAGGGUCCAGUUUUGCACACGCAUAAGAUUGAAACCAGGCGUGAACUCUCAUGAAAAAGCAGAUGACAUUCUUAUGACAAAGGAUUCUCGUAUGUUUGAGAGGUUUACCAAAUCAUUUUGUGCAUUGCUGGAUUCACUGGUCUUAUUUGCAAGAUUGUCAUGCGACAUUUUUUACCCGAAAAAUGUAAUAGAAGACGGAGUUCUCUCUGGUUCCAUCAAAGGAAGGCUAGGAGGUCCAAGUCAGCGUCGGAUGGGAUCUUCUAUUACCAGCUCUGUAUUGACAGCUAUAACAGCCAUAAAAUCUUUAGCUUCUAUCUCAAGGUGGUGCAUUCAUAUAAAAAGAGAUGCUCCAGUUGACUUUGCCAUAGCCUACCUCUGGAAUGCCUGCUGGGAGGUUAUUAUAUCCUCACCCGUGAACUCAGAGAUUGGAGCAGAAAUCUCUCUAGCAGCGUAUGAAGCAGUGGGCAAUGCUUUGAAAGAAAUGGCGUCAAUAUUUCCUCUUGUAUCUUUGGAUCCUUUAAAACUCAAUGAUGUUUUACCUCUAUCAGAAGCACAUGAUAAACUGAGUCUGGAUUCCUUUUUUAGUGCUUUCCUACCGAACAUUAACAAUUUAAUUUGUUCUGGGAUGCUCGUCCGCACUAGGCGAGCAGUUUUAUUGCACUGGAAGUGGAUAUGCCUUGAAUCUUUGCUGUCAAUUCCCAAGUUUGCUUUUCAGAAUGGAGUAUGUUUGGGAAACAAAAGCUUUUACUUAUCAAAUGACAUACUAAGAUUGACUUUCAAUGAUCUUGUUGACAACCUUGAAAAUGCUGGUGAGGCCUCUGUUUUGCCGAUGCUAAGAUCAGUCAGAUUGCUGUUGGAGCUGUUUGUUCGUGGACAUAAGGGGUUAAUGGGUUCUUGUGCUGGCAUAAAUACUGAGAUGAUGUGGAGGUUAGUGCACUCUUCUUGGAUCUUACAUGUUAGCUGCAAGAAGAGGAGAGUUGCUCCUAUUGCUGCACUUUUGUCCUCUGUAUUGCAGUGUUCUACAUUUAGUGAUGAGCAAAUGCAUGAAGUGGAUACUGCACCUGGGCCUUUCAAAUGGUUUGUAGAAAAAAUUCUUGAAGAAGGCACUAAAAGUCCACGUACAAUUCGCUUAGCUGCAUUACAUUUAACUGGUCUCUUGCUCGCAAAUCCCCUUAUCAUAAAGUACUACAUAAAAGAGUUAAAGCAGUUAACUCUAUAUGGCUCUGUUGCAUUUGAUGAGGAUUUUGAAGCUGAAUUGUGUGAAAAUCAAGACGCAAAAAUUGAAGUAUCUGUGCUGGCAAAAAGCCCCGACCCUGAGCUGUCUGAAGAAUUUAUCAACACAGAGUUGUAUGCACGCGUAUCUGUUGCUGUGUUAUUCUAUAGAUUGGCAGAUCUUGUAUGUAUGGAGGAAUUAACCAGAGAAAACAAAGAUAGAAGUGCUGCCCUUGCAUCUGGAAAAUUAUUCUUGCUGGAACUCCUUAAUUCUACGCUUACUGACAAGGAUUUAUCUAAGGAGUUAUAUAAGAAACACAGUGCUAUCCAUAGGCGCAAAGUUCGCGCAUGGCAGAUGAUUUGCAUUUUAUCACGGUUUGUUGAGCAAGAUAUGGUGCAUGUAGUUACUCAUAGUCUUCAUACAUGUCUCUCUAAAAACAAUUUGCCAUCUGUUCGGCAGUACCUGGAAACCUUUGCAAUUCAUAUAUACUUGAAGUUUCGAUUGCUGGUCAGGGAAGAAUUAGUUCCGCUUCUUCGAGAUUCUGAAAUGCGGCCCCAGGCUUUAUCUUCUUAUGUGUUUAUAGCUGCUAAUAUAAUCCUGCAUUCAACGGGAGCUGCACAAUCUGAAAGGCUUAGCGAAUUACUUCCUCCUAUAAUUCCAUUGUUGACAUCACAUCAUCACACACUGCGUGGCUUCACCCAGUUAUUAGUAUACAAGGUUCUGCAAACAUUGUUCCCAACAAAUACUAGUUGUUCCACAGACCUGCCUAUAGAGAGAAGAUGUUUUGAGGAGCUUAAAUCUUAUCUGAUGAACAAUCCUGAUUGUGCACGUUUAAGAGCUUCAAUGGAAGGAUAUCUUGAUGAUUUUGAUCCACAGAAGUCUGUUAUGCCAGCAGGAAUUUUCAGCACUCGAGUUGAGGAUCUUGAAUUUGAAUGUGUACCAGUAACCCUUAUGGAUCGUGUAACCAGUUUCCUAAAUGAUGCUAGGGAUGACCUUAGGUCCUCAAUGGCUAAGGAUGCUGCAACUAUCAAGGAAGAAAGCUUAAGCAUUGAUGAUGAUGAUAGGUGUAAUGACAUAUUGGACAUUCUAUCUGUCAACCAGGCAACCUCUUUCUCGAAGGAUAUAUCUUUUGAUUUUCAGAGAAAAGUUACGUUUUCCAAGCAUGAGAUUCAAUAUUUGUCUUCAACUUUCUCCAUGGAUGACAAAGUAUCAUACCAGUCACUUCUUGACAUGGAAAAGGAAGGCCUGCUUCUCGAUCAAGCUCUACAUCUAAGAACUGCAGCUUUUGAGAAGCUAAAAAAAAGUCGACAAGAUAUUAUUGUUGUAGCAUCACUUAUUGAUCGAAUACCUAAUCUCGCAGGUUUGACACGGACAUGUGAGGUAUUUAGAGUAGGCGGAAUAGCAAUUGCAAACAAAGAGGUUCUAAAAGACAAGCAGUUCCAGCUCAUCAGUGUAACCGCAGAGAAGUGGGUCCCCAUUCUAGAAAUACCCGUAAGUAGUAUCAAAGCGUUUCUUGAAAAGAAGAAGCGUGAGGGCUUCUCCAUCUUGGGUCUGGAGCAGACUGCAAAUAGCAUAUCUCUUGACCAGUAUGCCUUUCCCAAAAAGAUGGUGCUUGUCCUUGGGCGAGAGAAAGAGGGCAUACCAGUGGAUAUUAUCCAUAUAUUGGACUCUUGUAUUGAGAUACCACAGCUGGGAGUUGUUCGUUCACUCAAUGUUCACGUUAGUGGUGCCAUUGCCCUUUGGGAAUAUAGUCGACAACAAAGAUCCCAAUAACCUUGUUUCGGUGUUUAUCGGAAGUCUUAUCGAAAACAUGUAAUGGCGCAUUUUGUGUGUCUGUAUAAUAAUCAGAAAUCAGAAGCGUAGAACUAGGAUGCUAAUCAACUUGAGACCGAUGCUGUUGUUCGAUCUAGUGCGUCUUGAUUUUUAUUCAAAUUUGAGUCGUGCACGAAUUCGAUUUGAUCCAAAACAAAGUCACUUGUAUGUAAAUUCUACUAGAAAACCCAAGCUACUCAACUUUGAGUUAAUAUUUGUUUUUUAAAUUCAUAAAUUUAAGCAUUACAUUAGAUGAUUAUAGUAUAAAUGUAUGCAUAAAAUUAUGCAGAUCUCCCACUAAAAAUAUAUUAGUGUUUCAUGUGUU